GCCACAUUCCCAAGCCGUUACCUCAACCAUCCUUACCUCCACCGCUCUCCAACACCGUCAGCGACUGACAGCACUGUCGACCGCAUCUGCGCAGCAUACGCCUGCUCGCAGACCUAUCUGCGCUUCACUAUAAAAGAGAGGACACCAAGAACAGCCUUUCUUUUCAAAGAUCAUUAUUCCCAUCCUGGCGCCCCCUACUGCGCCUCACCUUUACCCACUCCUCUCGUACCGAUCUCACAUCCCCUCUCCGACCGACCUCAUUUCCUCUUCCUCAAGUCGAUUGUACCGGGCGCAAUAUCAUCAUUCCGAGCGAUCGCUAGUCGAUUCCAUCGGAGAUAUCGCAGAGGAAGAUGCAGGAGUCUGUCAUACAAUGGCCACUUGGUUUAGACGUCAAGGAUCUGGUGGGCGCAGGCAUUACGGCGAUUGUCGCGCGUCUUGAUGCCGUCGUCAAGUUCUUCGGGCCGCCGGAAUUGCACUUCUUUGAACGAGAGAAGCUCAUCUAUCAAGGUCUCGGUCGCGACCACAGCGGCAUCGUGCGGUAUUUCGGCGUCUUGGAAAAUGCUAUCAUGUUGCAGUUUGCGAGCCAGACAUCUAUUAGGCAAUACGUUGCAAGGCAGAAACAGGUUCCACUUUCGCUUAGGCUUCGUUGGGUCGAACAACUUUCCGAUGCCGUGCGGUUUAUCCAUUCAAAGGGCGUGUUCCAUGGCGACAUAUCGUGCAACAAUGUUUUCCAUGAUGACAAUCUCGAUGUAAAGCUUGGUGAUUUCGCCGGCUCGGCUAUUCCACCACUCGUCUGUUAUGGGGCCAGUCACGAACUUCCUGGCAAAGAUAUUUCAACAAAGACCGAACUCUUUGCUCUCGGUUCUACUAUUUAUGAGAUAAUGACUGGCUCGAAGCCAUACAAGGAUCUGCCUGAUCACGAAGUAUCUGCUGCUUUCUCCGAGGGCCGCUAUCCUGAUCUAGAAUCUGUCUCUGCCUUCAGGAACACGAUUAUGAGAUGUUGGAGGCAGAGUUAUGCGACUACAGAAGAAGCCCUUCGAGACGUGAAAUUAGAGGUCGCUACCAUUAAAGAGCCACGCAUAUCCCGUUUCUACGCUCUUCUCAGCCAUCAAUUAGUUUUGCUUCCUUUCCUCCUGACUGCUGUUUCCCUGGUUCCGUUUGUAGGCUGGGUAAGGCGCCGGAGAUGACUCCAUUCGUCAUGAAAGACUCAUUAACAACAGGAACAUCACCAAUGAUACCUUUCCACGGGCAGACGCAGUGGUA